AUGGACGAGAAAGAUAGCAUUCAGGAAGCCUAUGGAAAAUACAUACAAUGCAUGAUUUCGCUCAUCAACAGUCUAUGGGUCAAUUACAGUGCUUCAGGUAGCCACAUUAAUGAUCCUAAGAAAGUGUAUCCAUUUGUAAAACUUGGCCAGCAAUGUAUGGAUCGUGUUGCUAAGAUUGUUGAAAAGCUGUAUGGUGAUCCUUCUGAGAAACCAUAUGAUAAACCAGACCCUCAAACACUUGCAUUCCUUAAAGAAGAAAAUCUAGCCCCAAUGUCUUCCUAUCUUGAAAUGACCACUAGCAACGCUUUCAUUAAGCCUAAAGAUAGCACUCCCUUAGAAGUGGCUCAUCGGCAAAACCAACAACUGAUGUUUGCUUACAAGGCAAGGUUAUCACAGACCAACAGUUGCAAAAGACAGCAAGAUUUGAGUCUGACACUCCAAAGGAAAAUGGCUGAAAACAUUGCCAUUGCAAAAGCCAGAGAAGAAGCUUUAGCCAAAAAGAUGAAAGAACGCCAACAACUCUUGGAGCAACAAGCAGCACGGCGUUUUUCUCUUAGUAUGGACCUUUCUAAAGAAGAUCAACAACAACGGCUAAUUUAUAAGAAAAUCUUGGAGUAUGAACUGGAUGUGAAAUGGCUUCAAGAAUCAAGACAGAAAUUGUCGGCAGAUCCUAAAAACCCAGCUGUGAUGAAAGAAGUUAUACAGAACACGUUUCGUUGUGUUGACCAUCCCCUGUCAAUAAUGGUUCAGAAAUAUCAGCACAAGUUGUGUCGUAACUUGCUGAAAUUAACCCAGAACAGAUUGCAUGAGUUGAAUGAUGUGACUGUGCCAUUAGAAACAUCACUGACUACUUACAGAACUGACCAACACAAAGCUUCUUGUCACUCUACACCAAAACAAGAUCCAAAUUUUUCAUUCGAAAAAGCUGAAAAGAAAUCAAAUACGAACAUUCCAGAAGAAAAGGACAAACCUGUAGAUAAGUUUACAGACAAUGAAAAAGAAAUUUUGUCUUCUCCUGAGGACUCAUUGGCUGAUGCUGUUGUUUCUACAAAGGCUCAGUUGAGAAUAGCUUACGAUGUAGGAAAAGAGACCGAAUCGACAUUGUGUCAAGAUAUUAACAACACUCUAAAAGCUACUGAAAGUUCCAAAAUUGACACAGAUUUAAUAAGUGACAGUGAACCUAGUGAAGAAGGAUUGGACAUAUCGGAAAUGUCUGUGUUAAUAUCCGAAGAGGACAAGGAAACACAGGUUGAGCUGCUGACCAAUGAGGCAUAUAAACGGCAUUUACAAAACUUUACAAAAGACAUUCUACUUUAUAUGGAACAAUUGGUGAAAACAUUCACAACGGCAUAUGAAGAACUUGGCUCUGCUGAAGGCAGGGACCAGUGUUAUGCAUACAUUGAAGAUAAAUUUUUCCGUCCUGUGUGGCCCCAUUUGAUUUUGUUAUACAGAAUUGUAAAUCAUGAGGAAGAGUUAAAAGCAGCCAAAAUGAUGACACAACACUUGAAAGCUACUCCAAGAGAUUUGGGCAUUAGCCCAGAACUUUGCCUUGAAGAAUCCUCCACUGCCGACAAUUAUCCCUAUAAAGCUGCUGUCUUAGAACUUUGUUCUGUAAAAAAUUACACAGCACCAUUACUGAAGAUGGAAUGUCUUGUACGUGCUAUACGUCAGAUUUGUCAGUGUAUAAGUGAACACCAACAGACUAAACAAACAACAGUCUUAUUUGCUUCUGGGGAAGUGUCGCUGCCUAAUAUAGGUGCAGAUGAUCUGUUGCCCAUCUUGCAUUAUGUCCUCAUCAGAACAGAAAGCCCACAGUUGGUGUCAGAAUGUGUUGCCAUUGAAGAAUUGGUCCAUGAAGGUUAUCUCCUUGGUGAAGGUGGCUAUUGUUUGACAUCCAUUCGGACAGCUCUGGGAUAUCUGACCUCUCUUGCAGAUCAACCAGCCAACUGA